UCCCUCCCUCCCCUCCCUCGCGCUCUCUCCCUCUCCCUCUCUUUUCUCUCUGGUGUUGCUCGCGCGCAAAUUUCCCAUUAUGCUCCCGCCCUUCCCUCCGCCCUCCCGCCUAGAAGAGGAGCAUCAAUAAUCGGCCUACCUGCCAUCAAUCUAUCUAUCAAUCUCAUCUAACAUACUAGGUCCACUGCACCCCCGCACCCUCACACCCGGUCCGACAAAAGUAAGGGAAGGAUUGCCGGCCUUGCGGUAGGUCGAAUUGAUGCCGUAGGGUUGGAGGUUGGUUCCAGCUCUGGAAUGAUCAAUUUGGAUCCCUGGGUGUUGGAGUAGAGGAGAUGUGUGCGGUGAGUGUGCGUGGCUGAGUUGAGCGAGACAGAGAGAAAGAGACAGUGGAGGAGAGGAGAGCUGAGGAGAGUCGAGGAGGACGUGGUGUUGUCGCGAGGGGCGACGAAUGGUGCCGACGGGCGUGGUGGAGCGGGAGGACCAGCCUGAGCCUGCUGCUGCCCCCCCAGUGCCGGUGAUUACACCCAAGACGCUUCGAUCGCACUCUAUCAGGACGCAGACCACGCCAGGUGAUGGCGAUGCUGGUGCGGAUCAUGCUCCUGGAGCAGUGGCAGCAGCAGCAGCAUCAGCAGGAGGAGGAGGAGCAGCGGAUGUCAUGCAAGGUAACGAUGCGGGGCAGGAACGGCGAGGACGACGGCGCGGGCGACGGAAGAAGUCAGACGUGCCGCUCGAUAAUCCCACGCGAAUCCUAAAGCAUGUCAAGUACUUGCUCAUUAAAAUGCGAGUCCACCAGAACCUGCUCGAUGCGUACACAGGGGAGGGUUGGAAGGGUCAGAGUCGCGAGAAGAUCAGGCCGGAGCAAGAACUACAACGUGCGAAGGCGCAGAUACUGCGAUCUAAGUUGGCCAUACGGGAGGCUAUUCAUGAACUCGAUGACGUGGGUUUAGAAGGUUCUCUCGACAAAAACGCUUUUGAUUCUGAAGGUCGUAUUUACCAUGAAGAGAUUUUUUGUGCGAAGUGCAAAUCCCAAGAAGCUCUUCCUGACAACGACAUUAUCUUGUGCGACGGGGCGUGCAACAGAGGCUUCCAUCAGUAUUGCUUAGACCCACCUUUAGCUACGGAAGACAUUCCUCCUGGAGAUGAAGGAUGGUUAUGCCCUGUAUGCGACUGCAAGAUGGAGUGUAUUGAAGCGAUAAAUUCAUAUUUUGGCACCAGUUUUGAGGUCGAGAAUAGUUGGGAGAGCUUUUUUUCGAACGAAGCUGGUAUAGCUGCAGGCGGUGGAACGCAAGAAGGGGCUGGUGGUGAUUGGCCUUCCUCAGGCGAUGAAGAUGAUGAGUAUGAUCCAGAAACAGCGGAAGGGCCUUCUUCAGCUUCUGAAAGUGGAGCUCAAGUAAUAGGGCUUGCUGUUGACUGGCCGUCCUCAGACGACGAAGAUCACGACUAUGAUCCGGAAGCAGCGGAAGAACCUCCUGGAGCUUCUGGGAGUGGAACUCAAACAGUAGGUCUUGACGUUGAUUGGCCUUCCACAGACGAUGAAGAUGACGACUUUGAUCCAGAAGGUAUCAGAAAGCAGGCAAACAGUGACGAAGAAAGUAGUAGUGAUGAAAGUGAGGAGGACGGGGAGGAUAGUGGUUCUGUAAGCGGCUUCAGGGAAAAUGAGGCGUCUUCAGGUGUAAGUGACAAAGAUGAGCAGGAGCCUAGUGAAAAACAUAAUCUGGAGCUAACUGCUGUCACUAACAUCAAGAAACUUGCAAGAAAAGGAAAACGUAACAUAAUCAGCAACAAAGGAAAAAGUGAAUAUUUAGAGUCUUCAGACAGUGAUGAUUCUGAUGUCUCUCUUUUUGACGAGUUCAAGGGUGGUAAUGCCAAUUUAGGCUUAAGACGUGGGGAUCCACAGGCAGCAGUAUCAGCAGCAGACGAGGAAGCCGUGAUUAUUGCUGGGAAAAGACAUCGGAAAGCUGUGGACUACAAAAGACUACAUGAUGAAAUGUAUGGUAAAGCGGAGGCCGAUAACGAUGACGACGUUAUCUCUGAGGAUGAAGAUUGGGGUCCUGAACGUCGCCGAAGACGAACCAUUCCUGAUGAUCCUAACUCGCCAAGGUCCCGAAUUCGAGGUAGGAAAGUGAGAACUCCAAGUGGAGAUAUUUCUAAAGGAGCCGAUGCAGAUUUACCCUCUGGAUUACCAGAUAUGCCAUCCCACUUUCCCACUGGUUCACAAGGUGAAGUAGGCUCACCACAAGACAUUCCAGCACUAGAUGGAGCAGCUGACAGUCCUGGAGGAGAAAAGCGGAUGUGGCGGCGAUUGCCUGAUUCCGCAGUCGAGGCAUUACGGUGUAUUCUUGAUGUUAAUAGGCUGCCCUCAAAAUCUCGGAAGGAAGAAUUAGCAAUUAAGCUUGGGUUGAGCUUUUCACAGGUUCAUGGAUGGUUUAAAAAUCAGCGGCAUCAAGCUCUGAGGAAAGGGUUGGCAUGUCCUAAGCGGAUACAUCCAGUAGCAUCAAGCUCAAGAGAUUUCAAUACUGUCGAAUCUCCAUCGUCUGUGGCGACUUUAACUGAAAGCACAUUACCGCAAAAAGAGAAUGCUCCAAAUUCUAUUUUAACUGAGAAGUUGGACGAAGUUCAGGUGCGACUCCUCGAAUUGAAGCAAGCGUUGGACGAUUUUACCAAGAAUGCAGCAGUGGUUGCGGAUGGCGGAAGUAUUGAAUUGGAUAACAACGUGGAAAACGGAGGAAUUGGACUUCCUGAAAAUGGAAAACGUGUUGUCUAUGUGCCAGUUGUGGCCGACGUUAGGGAACAAUCACCAAUGAGUACGCAUACUAGCGCAUGUUGAGAAAAGCAACGAGAUGUUUCUUGGAUUCAACUUCUUUUCAUCGAUUCUUUGUAGAGAUGCUCAACGAUCAGGAUAUGGAGGAUUCUCCACUGCUGUAUCGGAGGUCUUAAAGUGGAGUCUGCAUCAUCUGGCUUAAACUUUUUCUUGUUCCUUGAAGUAUGAGCUUCAAACUGUCAUAGAAUUUUUUCAUUAUUCGUUCUUGGCUAGGCAUUUUUUAAUUUUUCAUUCUUUUUUAUCGUCUCUUUUGAAUUGUUGUUUGCAAACCUAAGUGCUCUAAUCACCUAUAUGUUAAGUACUCAAGCAUUUGUUUCACCAUCACCUCUGAGGGUUCAUUGGUGAGAUUAUGCCUACCACAUUUUGAUA